AUGACAACAUCCGUAACCCCUCCUAUGCGCGUCCAUGGAUGGAAUGUCCAUCUUGUCGCAGGCGAUGAUGACUUUCACUUUGCAGGCUUGUAUCAAGUUCCUGGGAGUAACUUGAUCACAUUUCGCGAUGUUAUUGAUGAGAUGCGUCUUUGUUUUGACAUUUCUGGCAAGGAAGACCCUUGGGAGACUAUGGCAUUCAUGCUCGUGGAUUCGCCAGAUGAUGCAAAGAAGAAACUCCCUUCAUUAGUUGCAGAUGAGGAUCUGGCUCUUCCUGUUCCCGGGCUUGAGAGCUCGUCGUCUAAAACCCAGCCUAUAGUGACAUAUCAUGUUAUCCUGCAUAAGCCCUGUGAGAUUUCCUAUGAUAAACCACUACAAGACCACAUCAAAGAGAAAUGUGCUCGUCACAUCAAUCGACCAACGCGUCGAAUGGACCAUCGCUAUAUACCUCUCGACAAACCAUCGCUGGACCCUCGAUAUUCCAAAAUGCCAUUCCGACGUACAACAAAUACUCGCAGAGCUUCUCAAUCUCCAAAACGACGCAGGUCCGGCUCGUUUUCAUCAACGGCGGAUGGUGGCGAGCACGAAGACAUCAAGAAUCUGCAAGUUCCACCAAAGAUGGACAUUUCACCCGAAGAAGCAAGAGAAACUGCAGAGACAUUCAGGCAUGACUGUCUUAUUCGCGCUGACCGUUGUGCUAUAUCCGGAAAAGGCCGGUCAUGGUGCAUCUUUCCAUCGACUGGGCCAGGUCUUAACGUUUGUCAUAUUGUACCUCAGCAUCAUUUUUAUGUCUACCCUCGCUACGACCAGAGAGACGCCACUGACCCGCAAGUGGAGGUCAAUGACGAGAGACUCGCAGAAGCAUGGGAAGAUACCUGGUCUGGCAAAAAUGGAAUACUCCUUAUGAACUAUAUUCAGCAACUAUUCGAAGCCCGACUCAUUUCAAUCCAUCCCGACACACAUAAAAUCCGAGCCUUUGUGCCAUACGAUGUCAUAACAGACUUUCACGGCAAAAAGGCAAAUAUUGCCCGGAAAGUGGAUAAGCUAGCGUUAAGGCACCACUACGAGAUGUCGUGCAUUGAGAACAUGGCUGCGCAGAUGCCAGCGGUAACACAUGACUCGGCUAGUGAGAGUACAGUGAGGUUCUUGGAAAUUAGGUCACCUCUUGGAAGGACGAUUAGUCUACCUAUAAACACCACCACGAAUAGGCAAGCCGGCGAUCCGGCAAAGAGGGUAAAGUUGGAAGAAAUGGCAGAGGCGAGCGCACUGGAGGAAAGUCUACCGGAAGCAAGCACACAAGAGGAAGAUAUCCAGAGGGCUUUGUCUGUCGAGUACGAUUUGAUAGAAGGUUCGGAUCAAGACAUUUAG